AGAAAAUAUUGUAUUUUGCGAGUGUAAUUCAUUAUCAAGGUUGACAAUGGAUCACUCAAUGGGAGAGAUCGGUAGAUCUAGGGAUGAAGAUACUCAAAACUCGCAAAAAGGAAAAAUAUCAUUCAACAUAAACCUCAAUCCUGCACAAGCAACCAUACUCGAAAAGUAUUUCAUGAGAGAGUGCCAACAUCCAAGCGAAGCCCAAAGACAGCAAUUAGCUAAGGAGGUUGGGCUUGAGCCCACAAAAAUCAAGUUUUGGUUUCAAAACAUGAGGACUCAAUUGAAGGGCAUGCUAAACCAUGAGGUUGGUGGAAGUUCAAGUGAUGUUGACAACAAUGGUAAGCAAAUUAUGGGAAAUUAUAAUGAAGAAAAGACAAUGGUGUCUCAGAUUGCAGCUGUUGCAAUGGAAGAAUUGGUUAGGCUAAUUAAGUGCAAGAAAGAGCCUUUAUGGAUCCAUUAUCCAACUGCUCAUGAUGACAAAUUCACCCUUCAUAAAGAAAAUUAUCAACAAAUUUUCCCCAAAACCAAUCAUGUCAUAGGUACCAAUGUUUGUAAAGUAUCUUCAAAAUAUUCAGCAAUUGUGAACCUAAGUUGCAUGCAACUAGUUGGCAUAUUUCUAGACUCGGUCAAAUGGGCUGACAUGUUCCCAACAAUUAUUACCAAAGCACAAACAACUAAAGUAUUUGAAAAUGGUUCAUUGAGAAAUCGAGAUGGUGCUUUGCAAUUGAUGUAUGAAGAAAUGCACAUUUUGUCACCAUUAGUUGGACCUCAUGAAUUUAACAUAGUUCGCUAUUGUAAACAAGUUGAUGUUGGUGUAUGGAUUAUAACAGAUGUGUCAAUUGCUUCAUCUCAACUAAAUGCACCCCCCCUUGCAUUCUCUUGGAAACAUCCAUCCGGAUGUAUGAUUCGUGAAAUUCAUAAUGGUGCUUGUGAGGUUACUUGGGUUGAACAUGUGGAUUUGGAUGUUAAGAUCCACAAGCACCACCAAUUUAGAGAUUUUGUUGGGACAUAUAAUUUAUGUGGAGCAGAAACAUGGAUUAAGGAACUUCAAAGAAUGUGCAAUAGAUCUAUUAGCUCUGAAGUUGAAAGCAUAUUUGAUAAUGAACUUGGAGUGAUCCAAACAGUUGAAGGGAGACAAAACGUGAUGAAUUUUGCUAAUAGAAUGGUUAAGAUGUUUUGUGAAUGUUUAACCAUGUCAAAUCAGAUGAAAUUCACACAAAAAACUCUGAAUGUCAUUGGAGGGAUUAGACUCUCAAUUCGUGAAACUGGUAUAGGAGAACCAAAUGGUAUGGUUAUCGUUGCUGCCAGUACCAUUUGGCUCCCUCAACCUAGUGACAAAGUUAUUGAGUUCCUCACUGAUCCUAUAAAACGUCCCCAGGUUUAUAAUUGGGAUGUUCUUUCUGAUGGAGAUCCAGUGAAUGAGAUUGUACAUAUUUCAAAUGGGCUUUAUCCUGAAAACUUCACUUCAAUUAUUCGGCCAUUCGACUCUAAUGAGACAGGCAUGGUGAUUCUUCAUGAAAGUUUCACAUCUCCCUUUGGAUCAUAUCUUGUAUAUGCUCCAAUGGAUACAGCAUUAAUGAAUGUGGCCAUAAGUGGUGAAGAAGACUUAACACUACUAGAAAUUCUUCCAUGUGGUUUUGUUGUAUCUCCAAUUUGCCCCUCAAAUGAAGGUAAUAAUAAUAAUAAUAAUACAUCAGGAGCUGGCUCAUUACUCACUCUAGCAUACCAAAUAUUUGUUGCUGAUCACUAUGAAGAAAAUGUCAACAAUUUGCUGAAUGCUCAAAAUGUUGAUACAAUUGUCUCCCUUUUGACCACAACUCUUAAAAGUGUCAAGGAUGGUCUCGUGAACUAAUUUGAAACGCGCUUUUUUUCAAAGGUUUAUGUUUGAUUUCUAAGAGUUUCACUAUGUGAAAUGCGCGUAUUUUCUUGUAAUGGUGAAUUAUCAUUUUGUUUUAUCAUUUCUUGUUGAAGGGAUAAUUUAUUACUGUUUGGUUUUCUUUGGAUAAUUAUAAGUUGGCUUGACAUUAAGCCUUAAUAAUACAUUUUUAUUUUGAUUGAUGAAA